AUGGCUCACCGCUGCGGCUAUCGUUCUGCCUUGCAGGCCGCCUUCGUGGAGCCAGAGCAGCUGCAGCAGGCCCGCCUGAAGCUUGGCCAACCGACGGCGUCCAUCAAAAGCGUGCUGAUCCUCAGGCGAAUCAGGUCUACAGCGUUCUCAACUUCGGGCUUUGAGAAGCGGCACCCCAGCAGUGCCUGCCUAUGGCAUAGGCCGGGAAUACUUCUUUUCACAGGUGAUGGCUCUGUGCCCUUUGACUCGGACCCUUUCGAAUGUCAAACGGACGCAGCACUCGGCCCCGUGAUGAACGCGACCCGGAAAGGCUUGGCCGUGGAUGACACGACGCUGCGAUGGUGCUCAGGAUCGAUUCCUACAACCUGGCCAAAUGCGGAUGCACCAGUUGCAGCAAUUCGGCUGUUCAAGGCCUGGGACCCCUCCUGGCAAGAUGAUCGGGAGCUGGCAUGGCGAAACCUCAAAGCCUUUGUGGAGCAUACAGGAGCUAGGGUUCUUAUGGGUACGUCCAUCAGCUGCGUACCAGCAGACGAUGAGCAGAGCUGGCAGUGGACCAAGGGGCUCAUGCAGGUCUUGGGUCCAGAUCGCAUCAUGGGCUUGGCCAUAGGAAACGAACUGGAGCUCCUGUUUACCAAGUUUAGCUUUUCCGACACGGUGGAUCAGGCAUGUAUUGAUUCCAUGUGGGAAAGGGGAGGCUUCUGGGAGACAUUCACAAGAAUCGUAAGCGAGUUUGACUCCUUGGGAUUUGGACGUGUUCCAGUGACCUCCGUGUUCGGCGGUCUUGCCCUCGCGGGAAACUCCACACACCCCUUCUUCGAGCAGGUGGGCAAGGCCCGAGUGAACUCGUUCUUCGAAAACGCCACAGCCAAGUUCGGGGACAGAUAUGCGUUCACAUGGACCACCUACCCAUACUUCGAUCCCAACGAGCGCUUGGACCAGGGCACAGUCGACGAAUGCGAGUUUGCUCGCAACCGGUCGCUGUGCUUUGACAGCAGCUGCGACGCACCCAAGUCCAUGGCUUACAUGCGGCGCAAGAUGGCUGACCUGACUGGCAGGUCUAACAGCACAUUCUGGAUAGGUGAAACUGGCUGGUCAUCUAGUGGAAGUGUUCAGUCAGAGAUGAAGUACUGCAAGAACUGGGCCGCGCCGGAGAGUUUGGAGAAGUACUAUGACAGCUUCCUCCGGUGGGAUGGCAGCAUUCCAAACCAGGAGCCUCCCGAUCACGUUUUCUACUUCACAAUUCGAGACUCCCUGAACUUCGGGAAUGCCGAGCAGUUCGGGGUCAUUGAGCAAUGUCACAUGGCCGAGUGCAAGCUGCGGUCCCCUGGCUUUACUGCAACCUCUGCUACCACUACCGACGCAGACCCGGGUAACGAGUCAGAAGCAGAGCUGACAGACUUGAGAACGCCAGAGGCUGCGCGAGAUGCUCGGAGCUCUGGCAGGCCGGAGACGGGUGGGAUCAGCGUAGCAUUGACCUUUGGCUGUCACAAGCGAAGCUCUGGGAAGGGGCGCCGCUUUCGCUCUGUGCUGCGGUCGGCACAGAGGGAGCUCUUGGAGACGGAGAUCAGAGCUGCGAUGUACUUGGACCCAGCGCGCCUGCGGGUUGUCUCCUCCAAGGAAAGUGGGGAACGUGAGGGAGCACUUCGAGGGCAGUGGCUAUCCUUGUUUCGUGCGUCUGCCCCAUAUGUGGCAAUGUUUCAACAAAGCGUUAUGGUCUUUCACAUCCCAGGGCAUGUGCUGCAAAACACAGCUGAGCUGGAGGGCCUCAUGAGUGAUAUUGCGCUUUGUGCCUUGCUGGGGGUCCGCCCAGUGCUAGUGCCAUCACUCACGCAGAGAGUUCUCGCUCGCCUUCGCCAUGAGGCAGGUACUACUGUGCCAGAGGUUUCGACCGCCUUGCAGGAGCUAGAGGCCAUGUGCAGCAUUGCUGCGUCUUCUCUGGAAGAUGUGAUCCGCUUCCUGAAGCAGGAGGCCGGCAUGCUGUGCGCAGAGGUUCAGGACACCUGCCUUCGAGUAGCAGCCAAGCCGACUGGGAACUUCAUGACUCGCAAGAGCACUUCCGUCUUCGCCAGCUCACAGCUGCUCUCAACAGCACCCCGCAAGGCUUCAAGCGGCUGGGAAGGCAGUCCUCUUCUUGGGCGUGUGACUGAGAUAGACACCGAUCAAAUCCACCGGCGCUUACAGGAGGACGACAUCGUUUGUGUGCUCCCUGUGGGCGCGGGGUCAGGCACAGGCGGCCAGCUCCGCUAUGUCCCUUCAGAGGAGUUGGCAGCUCAGGUGGCCAAAGAGCUUAAAGCCGCCAAGCUGAUCUUCUUCACACGUGGCCAGAAGCUCCUAGAUACUGCCCGAGGGAACGUCGUUCCGACAAUGCAGCUGGGUGAAGCAGACAGACUUCUGGAGUACGCGAAAACCAGCAGUACUUUCAUGGAGAAGGAAGAGUCCAGUGAGAUCAUCUUUUAUCUCGAGCUGCUCUUGCAGGCUUUGCGCAGUGGCACGCGCCGGGCUCACCUGAUCGACCCGCGGCGCGGUGCUCUGCUGCAGGAACUUUAUACCACUGAUGGCAGUGGGACAAUGAUUUCCCUGGAUCUCUACGAUGGCAUCAGGCUGGCCCGCUCGGGGGAUGUCUCUGGCAUUCUGGAGCUCAUUGAGCCCUUGGUGAGGAGAAAGCUAUUGAGACGCCGCAAUACAUACGAGGUCGAGCGCGCGUGCAACAACCAGGAAAUGUUCGUUUGGAAGCGUGACGACAAGUUCGUUGGAUGCGCCAGCCUCCAGCAGUUCAAUGAUGCCCCUGGCAAGGCAGAGCUCGGUUGCUUUGUCAUCUCGCCUCUCUGCAGAGGGAAAGGUCAUGGUGCCGUGCUCCUCUCAUACAUCGAGCAGGUCGCGAGGUUGCUGGGCGUGCACCAGCUCUUUCUUCUCACCACGCAGACGAUGCAGUGGUUUGUGGAGCGCGGCUUCCAGAGCGCCCCGAUUGAAGAGCUUCCACCAGGCAAGCGCGAGGGCUAUGAUCUUGACAGGUCAUCAAAGGUGUUCAUCAAGAAUAUCUCCGACCUUCCGAGUGAGCUUCAGCAACGUUUCACAUUUGUGGAGGUGGACACACUCGAUUAA